UGGAAGUCAAUGUUUUAAGCUCACGAAGUAAGAAAAGUUUAACAGUUCGAGGAGACAGUGAAAAUUCUUCCCGUACCACCCUUCCUGCAAAAAUCAGAGAAAUUGUCACAAAGAACUUGAGUGAGCAGGAUAGUCAAGAAGUAUCAUUUGAGAUGACAUCUGUACUUUCCCUACAAGAAGAGAACCAUGUCCUACAGCAGGAAUUGUCUCGUGUUGAGGACCUACUUGCACAGAGUCGAGCUGAGAGGGAUGAACUGGCCAUCAAAUACAACGCUAUCAGUGAGAGGCUGGAGCAAGCACUGAGACUGGAAACUGGUGAGCGGGAAAAAGAGUCUCUGGAAAGCAAAAGUUUGGCCCAGCAAAACAUUGAGCUGCGACGUCGCCUAGAUGAAGAGCAGGCCGCUUACAAACGUAAACUGCAGGCUUACCAAGAGGGUCAACAGAGACAAGCACAACUAGUACAGAAACUACAAGCCAAGGUAUUACAAUAUAAGAAAAAAUGUGGAGACGUGGAACAGCAGCUCCUUGAGAAGUCAGCAGAAUUGGAACAGCAGCGUUUGACUAAUCGACUAGAUAUGACUGACACUCGCUUGCGGCAGGAGGAAGAGCACAGCAAUGAACUGGAAAAUGCCCUCAUCCGACUGGAGGAGGAACAUCAAAGGAGUGCCAGUCUGUCCCAGGUCAAUGCCAUGCUGAGGGAACAACUGGACCAAGCCAACUCUGCCAAUCAGGCCCUAAGUGAAGACAUCCGCAAGUUGACAGCUGACUGGACAAAAGCUAGGGAGGAGCUAGAACAGAAGGAACUGGAAUGGAGGAGAGAGGAGGAAUCCUUCAACACCUACUUUAGUAAUGAACAUAGUCGCUUGUUGACCCUUUGGAGGCAGGUGGUGGGGUUCAGACGACAUUUCUGUGAGAUGAAAAGUGCGUCGGAAAGAGAUCUGACUGAACUUCGUAAUGCCCUUUCAAAGUCAAGCCGCUCAGUCCAUGCAGCAUGUAUGAACCUGAGUACCAACCUGCGCAUGUGUGAGACAGGUGCAGCAGUGACUGUGGAGAAACAGGCUGUCCAGCUGGCAGAGCUGGAGGAGCAGCUCAGAGGCAAAGUUCGGGAGAUGAUGCAGCUGCAGGCCAGAUGUGAUUCACAAAAAGCAGACAUGAAUGCCAGAAUCACUGAAAUGGCAGUAACAGUAGAGCAGCUUAACAUUGUGAUUUCUGAAAAGGACAAACACCUUGAUGCACUGAACCGAAAAUUAGAAAACCUGGAGUCGAAGCAGCUGCAUGAACAUGAAGCUGUAGAAGGAGAGGAGAUUGAAGCUCUAAAAGCAGAAUCUGAAAUGCUACAACAGACACUGAAAGACAUUACAAAGGCUGUUGUGUCAGACGCAGACAGCGCUGUCCAUCUGAGCUUCUCUGACAGAACUGGAGACCUUCUUGAGGGGGAUAUUGGGGGGCAGUUUUCUUCAGUGCUUUGUUCAAGCCUGCGAACUCCAUCACCACGCCGAAGAACCUCUCCUUUAAGAAGGAGCCAUUCUCCUCGGCGUAGCUUGUCCCCUUCUUUCUCUGACUCCACCAUUUCUGUAGUUCACUCAGCAAUACAGAAGAGGCAGCUACAGAUCCAGGAUUUGCGUGGGAAGUAUGAAGCCCAGCAAGACAUGUUUGCAUCUGUAAAGAAACAGUUGCAUGACAGUGAAAAUGAACGACGCUUGCUGGAACAGAAGAUCUUGGAGCUGAAAGAAGAGAUAGAACUAUCAUCAAGGGCUAAAGAUGAUGCCAACCGGGAUGCUACUCGAUUCCGCUCCUCUGUUGACAUCUUGGGCAGUGAGAAGAGUAACUUGGAAAAAAGUCUUCAGUCGCUACAGCAACAGAUUCAGAUUCUACAGCAGGAAAAUGAGAAGCUUCAGCUUGCCAAUAACGACCUGCAACGUCAGAGAGACAACACUGAGGAUGAGAAGGAGGACAUUCUGAAGGAUAAAGAGAGGGCUCAGAAGGAAAUAGAACGAUGCCACAGACUUCUGGAGCAGCUGGAAGUAAAGAACUCAAGCCUCAAGAAGGAGAUGCUAAUGGUAAAGGAAUCUUUAAGCAAGGCUACGCUAGAAAAGGAAGUGUUAGAAAAUGAAAAAGCUGGAAUAGCCGAGUCACUUUCCAAGACAGAGACAAUGAAUGCUGAACUGGAACUGGCUAUGAACAAGUUAAAGAAUGAGGAAGCUGCCCUUCAUGAUUCACUAUCCAAGAUGAGUGCUUUGAACGAGAGCUUGGCCCAAGACAAAUUUGAACUAAACAAGAUCAACAACCAGCUGGAGGAAGAAAAGGCUGCCCUACUGGGACAGAAGAGAGAAGUGGAGCAAGAGAAAGCCUCAAUUCGGGAUGAACUGGUUCGUUUGGAGCAAGAGAAGCUGGACAUAGAUACUGAGCGACAUGGACUUGACCAUUCUUUGCAGAUAGUAGAACAGAGCAGGGAAAAGCUGGAACAGGACCUUUUGGCACUUCAUGCGGAAAAGGCUGAUCUACAAGAGCAGCUGGGACAGAUAAGUCGAUUACGGAAUUCUCUUAAUGAUGAGCUGAUUCAGACCCGCAAAGAAAUAGAGCGUCAGUGCGAGAUAGCAGUUCGAGCUGCUAAAGAGAAAGAGGAGCUAACAAAAGAUAAAGCUAGCCUGGUGGUUCAGUUGACAGCAUCAGAGCGGGAAAACAGGGCACUAGCAGAAGAAGUGGCAGCCCUCAAGUGCGAAAAAGAAUCACUGGAGACAGCUUUGUUUGACAUCCAGCAACAGAUAAUUCAGUUGGAAGCACGUAAGGAACAGUUGGAAGGAGAGAAUCAGAGCAACUUGAUGGCGAAGGAGGCACUACAAGUGGAGACUAGCCGUGCUCGUCGAGAAACAGAGAUUGAACUGGCAAGGCUGGAGAGAGACAAGGAACUUACUGCACAGAAACUGGCACAAGCUGAACAGGAGGCCCUGGCUGCACUGAAGAAUGAGAAAUCUGCCCAUGAAGAAGAUGUAGACUGCCUUCAGAGAGAGAAGGAGACACUUCGCUUGGAGUUGGAAGCCAGUCGAAAUGAGCUACUUCACCUGAUGAACCAAGAGCGGGAAGAGCUGGUGGCCCGUUAUGAAUCUGAGAAAGAAGAGCUAAAUGAAGAGAUCACAACAUUGCAGCAGGAACGAGAUGAAAGCUUGCUAAUGGCUGAAAAUGAGAAACAGCAGGCUUUGUCCUUGAAGGAGUCAGAGAAGACAAUACUGUCAGAGAAACUGAUCAAUGUGCAGCAUGAACAUGCCAAUGCUACCAUGGAGGUUGAAAGACUGAAACGUGAUUCCCUCAACAAGCAGGAACAAGAUAGGAGAACAAUCGGAUCCCUAACAUCUGAGCUGAAAAACUCUAGACUUCAGUAUGAUGAAGCUGUUACAGCCCAUGAACGAGAAGUGAAGGGACUACAGGAACAAUUGAAGGACUUGAUGAAGCAGUACGAAGGGGCUCUUCGUGAAGUGGAAGAGCUCAAAACUCAGUUGCGAAUGGCAGAAGAUGCAAGAGAUGGGGUGCGCCGAGAUCUGAUAGAUGCUCACCGAAAGAUUCGAGAGAGUGUGGAGGUUCAUGAAUCUCAACGGAAAGAUAUCCUUGACCUGAAACGAACUCUAAAUGAUGAAGUGAAGGAGAAAGAAGCACUGCAAAGAUCAAAUGAAGCAUUGCGUGCCGACAUCAAAAAAGCAGAGAGUGAAAGAAUCAGUUUAAAACGUGCCAAUGAAGAGAAGGAGCAAAGGAUGGCUGUGAUGGAUGAAGCCAGAUCUGCAGUAGAAAAAGAAAGUGCUGAGCUCCGAGCCAACCUUCGAGACGUAGAAAAGUCACGCUUAGAAGCUCGAAGAGAACUGCAGGAACUAAGGCGGCAGGUGAAAAUGCUAGAUAGUGAGAACACAAAGAAGAACAAAGAGGUGGCAGAGCUGCAGGCCCGAGUGGCUCUUGAUGAACAGCGAGAAGAGGAAAGCAGAAGAGAAUCCUUUGGCUUGAAACAAAAGAUAGUAGAGACCGAAGCCAGCAGAGAGUCCACAAGAAAGGAGCUUACCAACCUUCAACGGAAGUUGUCUGAGUAUGAGACUGAAUUCAGGGUUCGAGAAAAAGAUCUCUUGGGUUGCCUGGAAGAAGCACGUGGAAAUGAAAAGAAGCUCUUAGACAAUGCAAGAAACCUAGAAAUCAAACUAGAGAAUGCUCAUGCUGACAUAGCUGAGCUAAGCCUGAAGCUGAGUGCUGCUGAGGGCAGAAUCAGUGGGCUUGAGGCAGAGCUUGUCCGUGUAGAAGGCAUGAAGCGAGAUGUGGAGUUUAAACUUGGCAGUCUUCACUCAGCGCUUAGACGAACCCUUGGAAUAAGCCGCACUGGACGUACUCAGAGCCCUGCUGUGCGUGGCCGGAGCUCCUCACCUAUUAGGCCGCUCUCACCUACUAAAGGUUAUGAUAAUACCUUUACCACUACAACAGAUGGUAGAGGCAGCCCCAUUCCACGAACAGGCACCCCUGAGCGCAGUCCAGGAUCACGUCCUACAUCACCUGAUCACUCCUUCUCUCCAGGACGCAGUGAACAGUUUGUUGCAGAUAUCGAUCCUGAAGUAGUACGCACAGCACUUAGAGAUUUCCUUCAGGAACUGAGAGAUGUUCAGAGGGAUCGAGAUGAAUCACGUACUCAGGUGACCACCUUCACCCGUCAGCUUGCUGAAAUGGAGGCAGAUCGGGACAGCACAAAUUCCCGCCUGCAGCAGUUGCAGAAAUCUUUGGCUGAAUGUGAGGAAGGUAAGCGUGGCAUUGAUGGAAGACUAAGUAGUGCUCAGACUACCUUGAUGCUUCAAGAGGAGACCAUCCGCCGCAAUGAGAGGGAGCGUAAAGCUCAUCUAGAUAAAGUGGCAACUCUAGAGAGGAACUUGCAGGCAGCUGACAAUGAAAAGAGAGCCAUACAGGAGAAGAUUAAUAAAAUGAAGGCUAAUGAGACCAAACUGGAGACUGAUAAGCGGAAACUGAAGGAGAUUCUGGAUGCAUCUGAAACUCGUUGCACCAAGCUGGAACUGAUUCGGCGCUCACUUGAGGGGGAGCUGCAGAGAAGCAAAUUAGCACUGAGUGACCGUGAAACAGAAAUCCAGGCAAUGCAAGACCGGAUAGAAAUGUUACAGAGACAGGUUGCAGACAGUGAAAUGAAGGCAAGUUCAUUACAGCUUACAGUAGAUCGUCUCAACAUGUCCCUGGCGAAGGCAGAAGAAAGUGAGAGUGCGCUGAAGGAUAAAGUCCAGUCCCUGUCUGUGUCUGUUGCUGAGGGUAACUCUAAUGCUUCAUCAAUUCAAGAGAGGGUCCUGCAGUUGCAGAAGUCAUUGGCCACAAGUGAACAUGAGCGCAGAAUACUGCAGGAACGGCUUGACACAGCCCGGCAGGCUGUUCUAGAUGCAAAAAAACAGAACAAUGCACUGCUGGACAAAGUUCAGAGUCUGCAACAGGAGAUGUCUGAAAUGGAGCUUCAGCGAGCUGAGAUGGAUGGCCAGAUCCAGCAGCAGCAUGAGUUGCUACGCCAACACCAAGAAGGUGAGGAGGUUGCUCUUAGAAACCUUCAGAAAAUGCAGGAAGAGAAGCACAUCUUCAAAGAGAGACUGGGUAGUCUACAACGAGCAGUAGCACAGCUGGAAAAUGAGAAGCGGGAAGUGGAGAGAUCAUUUAUGAGAUUAGAGAAGGACAAAGCCGCUUUGAAGAAAACUCUUGACAAGGUGGAGCGGGAAAAAAUGAAGUCAGAAGAAGAUUCUAUGCACUUAUCUGCAGAGAAGGGCCGACUUGACAGAUCACUGUCUGCUGUGGAACAAGAACUGGUAGAGGCUCAGAGGCAGGUCCAGCAGUUCCAGGUGCAGAUAGCAGACAUGGAACAGACCCAUUCUCAAGCUGUGGCUGAAUCUACAGCACGGUAUCGACAAGAAAUGCAGCAAGAGGCUGACCGUCUACGCGGUGCUCUACAGCAAGCAGAACGUACAUUAGAUGCCAGGGAAAGGGCACACAGACAGCGAGUAAAAGGACUGGAAGAACAGGUCUCAACUUUGAAGGAUCAGCUGCAACAGGAAAUGCGCAGACGGCAGCCUCACUUUCCACACUCCUCCAUCCUCUCUGGGAACUAAUAAAUAUGGGCUGCUUCAUCGUACUGUGUGCAGAGCAAUAACAGUGUUUUAUCUUGUGUACAGAUGGUCUGGUGUCGCAGAUGUUGACAGUGUGCUGCUGAGUUUCAGACUGAUGAAAUGAUGAAAAAAAAACAGCUCUGUAUUUUAGGACGUUUGGAUGGGUCUUAGUUAAGAGAAGUACUGUAGAUGACUAAUGUGAAGCAUCAGUAUAUUGUGAGAAGUUUGCACACCUAAAUCGUUGCUUACUUUAUCUCUUUAAAGAGAAAUAAGCACAAAAUUACAUUACUGAAAAAAAUGACUCCAUUAAGUGUGUUCCUCUUCCAGCAUUGUCCCACACACUUUUUUAUUUUUAUUUUUUUUACCUCCGCAGUAUAGAUAGUGCACAAAAAGGUGAAUCAGAAGUUUAAAAUGGUUGCAUAUAUUUAUAUCUGCUUUUGCAGUGUAUUUUAUCUUACCUGCUCACCUUGGUAGCAGUCGAAGAUGGGAUUCCUACUGCAUAUUUUAAGAUAAAUUCCAUUUGUAGUAGCUGUGUGUGUAAUUCAGUUAGCAUUUUUCUUAGCAUUUUAGAAUCAGUGGGCAUGAUUUACUAAUGCUUCCUAAACAUCCUGGGUAAUCUUGUGGCUAUUUUAUUUACAUUUCUUAAGAUUAGGACAGAAAAUAUACGUGCAUUUUUACCUUUUCUGUAGUACUGAUGCACACCGCUUGGUCUCUAGCACUGGAGUUUUGCUCAUGUAUUGCUGUCUGUACAGCAAGUGCAUGGUGCUUUGUAUAGUUGCAGAAUAUUAUGGAAAACCUUCAGUAUUGCUCUGCAUCUGCUGUAUAGUAUACUCGUGAGCAGUUUCCAGCUACACCAAGGAACCGUACUUUAUUCUCAAGCCCUGUGAGCACUUUAUUUAAAUGCAAUCUAAAGAACAGUGAAGGUUAUGAAAUUAGGUAAUGUUGUUUGUUACCUGAAUUAUAAUUCUUUUCCAGUAUGUGGUCAUGUUUGAAUGCUGUUUUUACUGUUGGCUAGUAUUUUGACUUUAAUGGGAUCUACUCCCAUUCUACAAGAGAUCAAAAAGGCAUACAGGAUAUGCUGUUUUAUGUCUAGUGUGUGAUAUUCCAGUUAGAAUAUUUUUCUACAUGAUUUUAACAAGGGUUUUUUAUAAUUGUCAUAUACUGGUUUAUUAAACAAAGUUGUAGUUAUUAUGCCAAGUUUUCUAAAGGGAAACAUUUCAUAUACCCAUGGGAAUUAAAAACACUGUGACUAUUUUACCACUUGUUGAGGUGACCAAACUUACCGCUUGUAUAUGGCAGCUAUGUAAUGUAAAUUACUUUAUGAAGAAUUUGGGGCCAGAACUGGAUUUCUUCUGAGCAUUUGCCAGAAUACUCAUUUCUGUAAAACAUGCUUUGAUCGUGCUACCAGCACACAAAACAUGGUUGGUAUUGCCAGGGCACAGCAGAGGGGAAGGUUUAAUUUGAUACUGUUCUUUACUGUUAAGUAUGUUAGUACUGAGUUGUGUUCCUUAUUUAAAAAUGAAUUUCCAACUGAGGUUUUUGAUUUAUUUAUAGGUCAUAGUCCAGUACUUUUGGCAAUAGCCUCAAUAUUGAAACACAGCAGUUAAGUAAACUUUAAAGUUUCAGUAUAUGUGCUGCAGAAACUGUAUUUAGUGAGGAACAGCUGGCUGGAGUGCUGAGGGAAUUCUGGACUAUAGCAUUCUCUUUAUCUGGCAUUUAUUUCAUCAAAUUAAAUGAAAAAAAAAUAAUAGCAGUUAUUUUAACCUUCUGUGAUAGCUCCGUCAGUAUUGAAAGGACCACUUUAGCGAGAAAAUGAAAAAUGUAUGUUUUUUAUGUCAUAUAUUGAGCUUCUUUAAAAUACUAAUGUGUGUGUGUCACUGUAAGUGGUUAACAUUAGUUUACAAAGCUGUUCUUCCUCAGUGUUGCAUUACUAUUUUAUUUUUCAGCUAAGACUUGUUCUUCCCACAUUGCACUCUGUGUUCCCCAAAUGUAUCAUACUAUUUGCAUUCCUAAUCCUUUGAUUUCUUCUUUUAUUCAGUCAGAAUAGAAGAACUCUGAAUUACUGUUUCUUUGAGAAUCUCUGCACUUACUGUCGAGGUGCAUUUGUCAAUUAUUCCCUCGAUUUCUGUUCUUUUCCAUCUCUUAAACUGACUUAUGCAACCCUUUUCUCAUUUCAGCUACUGAAAGUGACCAAAUUAGUUAAUUUUAUGAAGAGUAACCUUCUUUGCUAUAGAACUUCUCUAUUUGCUCAUUUUGUCAGCCAAAUGUGUAAGAUGUCUUAUGAUUAACAUCUCAACACAUUAACAGAGCUGGCUUGUUUUCUAAGAAUGUGCUGUCUGUAUAUCCUGGAGUGGUUUCUUUGUUGUUUGAGUCAGCAAAAAUGUGGGAAAGACUACAUCAUCAGAUAUUCACAUUAGUUUUAUGACCCUUAAUAGAAAGAAUGAAGGCAGUGUUGCAAACACCUUGCUGUGCAGGUGUUCACUGGGCCUGAAGUUCAAAAUGUUAGUGUUGAUAUUAUGCAGUAGCUAGUGAGGCAGUUUCUUAUAAAAAUACCACAAGAUUUUGCAAAUAUGCACUGAGGGAACUGUAACAAAAGUGAAAUCCAAAACAAAAGGAGAAACCGCUAAGUCCUGUUUUAUUUAUAUAAGACAAUAUAAUAACCAUUUAGUAAGGAGGAAGCUAUAUUUGGGAUGAAGAAAAGUUUUGCUUAGCAUUGUUUUUCUUUAAAGAGACAGACAUUAAGAAGUCACAACUUGAAGUAUCACUUUGUGCUAAAAAAGAUACCCGUGUUUGUCACUCCAUUUACAGAAUGCCAUAAGUAAUAUAAAAUUAGAAGCAUAUAGCUCACAAGAGACACGGUUAAUUUUCAGAAUCUGCAACUCCAGUAACAGUUCGUGCCACAUCCCUAGUCUGUCAUAUAUAAUACCCAGGUGCUAGUCAGUCCUGAGUCACGAUUGGCAUAAAUGCAUAGUCCUGCCUUUGGGUUUUUCAUUCAGUCACUUUUGCAGCAUAUUAAAGAUGAAUGUCGUGCCCUUUUCCAAAUACUUUUAACAUUUUCUUCUAGCCAGCCUGUGUUUUUAUUUUAUAUUUUUAAUUCUACUGUUUUUAGUUCACUUGCAUGUGGUAGACAAUGUGAAUUACUGCUCCUGAAAAAUACAUUGAAAGCCAGCUGAUAGGAAUGACCCUGAAAUUCAGCCCAACAGUAUGGAGCAGGGGUUCAGCUUCUGUUGAUACUGUUACCAAGCUUUGUAUUGAUGGUGCACACUGCAUUGCAAGUUACAGACGUAAGAAGACGAAAUUACUUUUUGUUGUUGAUGGCAUAUCUGAAAGGGAAAUUUCAGUGCCACCUGGCUUAC